AUGAUCCGACUUAGCUUAUAUAUUUUUCAGCAAGAAGCAGGUCGCCAUGGAGUUUACCAUGGCACCUUCAAAGUUCUUGAUUCACCCAAAGAUACAUUUCUAAGCACAACUGGCUGGGGUAAAGGUGUCGCUAUACUCAAUGGGAACAACCUGGGAAGAUUUUGGGCUACGCAAGGACCGCAGAUUACCCUGUAUGUGCCGGCUGCUUUCCUACGAGUUGGAGACAACUCGUUGCUAAUAAUGGAGCUCGAAGGAUCAAAAAACUGCUCUAAGGGAAGCUGCUUGGUAUCAUUCGUGGAUCGACCUAUUUAUGUCUGGAGGAACAUUAUAAGCAACGUUGAUUUCUUCGAGAGUCCACGACGUCAGCUGUAUAAACAGAGACAAGAAUUGUAA